AAAGCUUUUGUGUUGAUAUCUUUACACGUUUAUUUGAUAAAUUUUACAUUUCCUGACAUUCCUGACAGUUUAGGCUUUUGCAGUUCCAUGCGAAUUAGCAAAGAAACAAGAAAAUGAAGAUUCAGAUGGAAGGGUUUCACAAACUCCAGGAUGACUUUGAAAAGGUCAUAGAGAAGGAUGACUCUGCCAGUUCAAUCACAACUGAUUCUGAGGAAACGAAAUUGGAAUUUCGGAAUUUGAACGAAAGACUUAAACAUAUUUUUCAUACAAACAAAUUCCAGAUUUUGAUAGUGUGCCUCGUUAUUUUAGACUGUCUACUGGUAAUUACUGAGCUUCUCAUAGAUCUUGAAGUGUUUCCACACUCGACAAGUGAAUCCCCUGCCCCACACAUUCUUCAUUAUGCAAGUAUUUCUAUUCUUGGACUGUUCUUGAUUGAAACACUUGUAAGACUGGCUGUUUUCAGACUGGAAUUUUUCAAGCACAAGCUGGAAGUUUUUGAUGCUGUUAUUGUGAUUGUGUCUUUUGUUCUGGAUAUCAUCUUUAGAAAUCAAGAAGGUCCUGAAAGUGGUAUUGGUCUUCUGAUUGUUCUUAGACUAUGGAGAGUUACCAGGAUUUUAAAUGGUAUCGUAUUGUCGGUAAAGUUACAAGCAGAGAAAAGAGUUCAGCGCGAGCGUAGAUUACGAGAUGCUUGUGAGCAGGAGCUUAUGAAAUAUCGUGAAUACUGUGCGGCUCAAGAAAGCGAGAUUGAAACCUUGCGUGGCCUUCUUAGAAAACAUGGAAUAAGUGACAUGAUUCAGACAGAAAUUCCGAAACCAGCGAGUCGAAUUGACGUUGUUGCAGAAGUUAAUCAAGUCGAUGAUAACGGGAUUGAAGUCAAAGAAAGAAGUCCCGACAUGCCGCCUUCUGUGUAAUUGGGUGAUCUCCAUUUGAAACUAUGCUUCUCAUAUUCAUUGAGACAUACAAAAAGUCGCCAAUUAUAUUGUUGGUAACAAUACUAACAUGUUUCUACAGACAUGGCUAAUUUGAGAUAUGAUUUAGCAUGCUUGAGAUAUGAUUUAGCUGAUUUGAGAUAUGAUUUAGCUGAUUUGAGAUUUGAUUUAGCAUAUUUUGAUGAUAAUGUAUGUUAGAAUUACUUAAAUACAUCAGGGUUGUCAUUAAAAGUUUGGUGUUUUGGAUUUAUAGCAAAAUCACUUUGGGUUUUUAUGUCUCAUAAAGUGUUUUCAAAGUUUUCUACACUGUAUGAUUAAUCUUUUUCUAACAGCUUAUUGUUGGUAAUUUAUAUUACUUCAGGUACAUCACCAUACUUACUAUUACUGUUUCAAAGGAAAAAGUCGAGCUAUUAUGAUUGCUGCAAAAUCUUGGAAUACUUUCUUAUCAUGACAAAAGGUAGAACUUUGUAAAACAAGAGACAUAAUUCUUAAAGCUAUAUUUUUAGAGUUAUGCCCCUUUUUUAACUUAGAAUUUUGGUGAAAAGUUGUUAUUUCAACAGAUGGGCAUUAACACCUCAUGCAGUUCUCUUAUUUGUUAUUUUAAACAAUCUGUUGAAUGUAAAAAAUGUUAAUAUAUUUCGAUAAAGUACAUGUACUAAUGCCAGUUUGUAGCUCAAAUUAGCCAAAUCUUUAGAAACAUGCAUUUAUAUUAUUAUGCAUUUAACAUGAAUGUGCUAUUAGAAUUCUAUAAAGGGAAAUAGUCGACCUUUAAUGAUAAUCAGUAAUACUAAUGAAGAUGCAGCAUUCUAGGGUGUUUUAUUUAUAUCUAGAGGCCUUUGUGUUACUUAAAGAAUGCAGUAUUUAGUAUUGCUGAUUAUCAUAAUAUGCUCAUUUCAAGAUGGCCGACCCAAAUGAUUAUCUUGGUGAAAAUUCUACAUGUUCAAGGCCUCAAGCAACUUUUUGCCAAAAUUUUCCACCUUAACCAACUUGCCAGUUAUCUAAUUGGUAAUAUAGAAGUUUAUGAAAGGCAUAAUGUAUAAUUAUUGUGUUCCUCACCUCACUCUUCAUUUAACUUUGACAAAAUGUUUGAUUUCAAUUUAGUUCUGGCUUCCAAAACUUUAUAUGCCGCUUUUAAAAUGUCAUGUCACAGUUUUAUAAACGGGUACGCUGAAGACCUUUAGCUAAUUUCAAUUCAGCUAGCAUACAUAUAGCAUCCAUAUUUAACCUGAGAAUAAAAAAAAAUGGUUUAAGUUUGUGCUUUUUACCAUUGACCCUCUCAAAUAAUGAAGAAAAAAAAUGCAAUUGUUAUGUUGCCUUAAAUUGAGUGAAUUAGUGUGUUUGCACGAUAUCAAAUUUGGUAAAAUCACAUAGGUCGGCCAUCUUGAUAUUAUUUAUGAAAUGAACAAGUGCAUUUAUUGUAAUAUUAUAGAAUCUUUAGUCAGAAGGAGAAAUUGUCUGUAGCUUUUUUUAAAAGAAGUGUAAAUUUUUACUUUAUGAUUGAUAUAUGUUCAUAUUGAAUCUUGCCGCAAGUGAAAUUUCAUUCAUUUUAAAUUUUUUCAUCCUCAUUUUUUUGCAUUAUGUAUAUUUCACUUUGUCAUUCAUUUUUUCUUCAUUGAUCAUGCAUUACACAUACACGAUAUCAAAACAUUAUUUGCAUUCACAAGAACUUAAAAUUGCCUUAAUAUACCAUUGUUUUUGCUGAAAGUUUUUUCAGUAGCAUUUUUUGAUGAUCAAUCAUUUAAAGUCACAUAGAAAUUUGAUUGUUAUUUCAAUGUUUGUUAAGAAUGCCUAAAGAGGUUUUUGGCAUAAUGAGUACAUGUAUAUCAUCACCUUAGUGCAAUAACUGAUUAACUGCUAUUAAAUUUAGAAAGACUUAUUCCGUUAUUGCACUAAGGGGAUAAUAUACCCUUUUGGCACAAAUACAUAUUUGCUAUUCACAAAAUUUAUAGGGCUUUUUGGUGCAUUUGGUAAAUGCACCUUUGACAUUAAUUGGCAAAUGCCAGUUUUGCACUGUAUGUUUAAUGUGUCUUUUUGUUGCAAAAGAAGGUUAAAAAUGUGUACAUUUUACUGUAUGAAAGUUUAUGCCUAAGACCUUUUUGACACAAUACGUAUUUCCCCUCUAUUACAAAUAUUUAUAUGCAAAUCUGGCAUAUACACAUGGGCUGAUACCUUAUAAUAGGCUUAUAACAUUUUGGUGCAAGUAGAUUUAUGCCUAAAUUAGCCCUAAUUGACACAGAUAGUGAUACAUAUAUGUUAUUUUGGCAAAAAUAUACAUAAAUGCCGUGUUGGCACAAAAAGGUAUAAAUUAUUUAUAAGCACAAAUAGCCUAUAUACAUGUAGGUAUGCCUUUUAUCCCUUCAGGAUGACAAAUUUAAGCUUUUUGGGGCUAUCCAUUGUUAAUCUGAAAUAUUUUGAUAUCAGGAUGGUAGAAAUAUGUGAAACACAAAAAUGGGGUCUAGGUAGACUGUAAAUAUAUGCAGUCUGACCUUUCUGUACUAAUGGAAUGCUGGUGACAUAGACCUGAAUUUUUUUCUAGUAUUCAAAGAGUUCAGUAGUACUUAUAUUACCAUCUUUUGCUGUUAUAAUAAAUGUUUUGAAUGGGACCAUGUUCUGAUGUAUAUUGAUUUUAUUGAUAUGUUUACAUUUUUUAAUCAUUUUUCUAUUUAAAAAAGAAAACAUAAUUGAUGUAGUUUGAUGUUAUGGCUUUUCUAUACUUAAGUAAGUAUAUACUUGUUAAAUUAGUUUGAAUCUCAGCAUUUUCCCAGUACAGUUUUCUGCUUUACAUUUCAUAUGAUUGAAUUCAUUUCUAAUACAGAAUGAUGAGUUAAAGAUACAGGGGAGAUAAUUAAAAUUUAAAAAAAGUCCUAAAAAAAGACCAGAUUUUUUUUAAGUAAACCCUACCUUGCAGAAAUGGAAAAUGAUUAGCCUGGAGCCAGGCCAGCCUGCUUUUCCAUGCAGUUUGACAAGGCUCUUUACUGUUGGCUGACUUAUUUUAAAUUUUAUUUUUGAAAUCUUCUAAAUUGAUAUUGUUCAUAAUGUGUGAAGAUUUAGCACUUUGUGUACAGUUUUUGGUAUUUUCUGACUCUUUGAAACUUCAUGUUCAGAUGCAGUGUAAACACUUACUAAAAUUUGGUCCUAUUUAUAAUAUAAGAAUUGAUAAAGUUACAUAGUUGAAUGGAAUAAUAGAAAAUAAUACAUGUAGUUUUAUCAAUUGGCUUGAAAUAAUUUACUAACAGAAUGGUAGAAAGUAUUCUGAUCUUUUUUUUCUCUCUGAUAAUUCAAAAUCUCAUAAUAUAUUCGUAAAUCUGUUUAUCCUUCAUUUUUACAUGAUCAUUGUUUAAUGUUGUAUUUCUCCCUCAUUUAUCCUUAUCCUGUUGGAACCGAAAUUGAUGUUCAGUUUGAACUGCAAAGUCAUUAUUAUUUGUCCACAAAGUUAAGACUGAACAAAAUUUCAUUUCAUCUGCUGUAAGAUUAUUUUGCAUCACAUUAUUUACAAUGACCUUUUGGAAAAAAAAGACUGUCCACAAAUUUAAGAACCCACAAAAGUGUUCUUUGUGACAAAACACAAAAUUUCAUGCCCACAAAAUUAAGUGAAUUAGUAGCCUUUUGCCCCCAGUAUACGAGUAUACCAGGUCUGUCUGAACUUCCAGGCAGUUUGCCCAGGGUGUUUACUGUUACUUUCCUAAAUUCUGUAUUUAAUUCUGAAAUCCCUAAAACCUUUUAAUGGACUAUUCCCAUUUCAAAGCUGGGUAAAUUCAUUACUUAUAUUCAGCAAGGGCAGGUUUAAAGCUGGAAAAUGCUAUGACACCUUGUUUAAAAUCCUUCUAGAAAAAAAGAGAAAAAAUUUGGCCUGUAUGUUACUUGUCUAUCGUUAAGUUAAAUUUUUACUUUUGUGGAGUCAGAAUGUACAAUGUACAUAGAUUUCUUACAGCUUUUAAAAAUGUUUUGCCGCUGUUACAUUUGAUAAAAGUUUAUUCUUUGUUGUUGUUUAGUAUUGUUCUUCUCUAGUUCUGACUUAUAAACAGCUGAUUUUGGGUGUUUCUUUAAGAUUUCCAUGUUAAAGGGUGAAUACUUGGACUUGCCAGUAUGACUUCUUUUCAUAAUAUUGUUUUUUAACUUUAAAUUAUUGUUGUAAAGGGGUUUGUCACUAGUGUUGUAGAUGUGAACUGGAUUUGUGUUUUAUUGAAGUGCUAUAUUUUCUGUCUAAAUUGGUUUCACGUGUUGAUCUAAUCUGAUGAUUUAGUGCAUUAACAAGUUUAGUGUUUAUUUUUUUCAGUGCUAGCUAUUUUUUAUACAAAUGUCGACUUGUUUUACUCUUUAUCUUUUUAUCAGAAAAUGAUUCUGCAUGUUCAAAGUCCCACCUUAACACUCCUAAAAAUAUGCAAUGGACUAUCUGUGAAUUGAAUUUUGUACUAUCCACUGUUACUUUAAGGAGUUUUAGCAUCAAUGUAUGUAUCCCUGGCUCUAGUAUUGAUGAUAUAGUCAAGUCAUCUUCAUGACUAGUGCUGAGAGGGUUUGUUGUCUUGAAACGAGUUGUAAAACAUUCUAAGAAUACUGAUAUUUGUGCUGAAAGUCCCAGGGUAUGUUUUUUGAGCCUAGUUGUAACAAUAUUCUCACAAUACUGAUACACUGUAUGAUGAAUAUGUUUAGUCAUAUCUGAUGCCUAACUUUAUCAUUAUCAUACAUAUAUAUUAUAAAACAAUUUCAACUAGAUGUAUUCUUUGACCUAAUUUAAUGAUUAAAACAACAAAAAAACGGAAAUUAACUCAUUGGUAGGUGGGUCUGAAAGAUACAUGUAUAACAGUAUGUACUUAUUUCUUAUGUCUUUUAAGUGGGAUUUUUUUCUAUUUACUUAUCUGAUUACAGCAAACAAAUUGAUUUCAUGUUUAUUUUUAUCAUUUCAGUUUAGAUAUUACUUUCUAGAGCUAUAUGACUUACUGUUUAACUAAACAAUGCAAAUUUAUGUUUUCACUUGUUAGCCAGCAUGUUUGAGCACCUUUAGUAGUCAAGAUUUGUGUCAACAUUGUGAACAAUGCAAUUAUAUGUAUUUUUUAAAAUUUGUAAAUUCUACUAAAGGAUUGUUCUUUGAGUUGUGUGUGUUUGAAAAAAAAUAAUUUGAGAAUUUUUUUUGUGAAAUUUGUCAUUUUAAGUUAUUUCUUUAAAUUUGAGUAUUUUUUUUCUUGUUAUUUGUUUGAAUUUUAUUGUGGAACUGAAAACUUUGUGAGAGGUCAAACAUUCAUAUUACACUGGAAAAAAACUUGUCAUAAAUACAGAUUAUUUUUUUCUUAAAUCGUAACAAAUUAGAUGAUUUGUUUUCAUUUACAUUAUCAUACAAUAUAUGAGCCGCAUCACGAAAAAACCAACAUAAUGGGUUUGCGACCAGCAUGGAUCCAGACCAGCCUAUGCAUCUGCGCAGUCUGAUCAGGAUCCAUGCUGUUCGCUUACCAAUUCUAUUACAAGUAGAGAAACUGAUAGCGAACAUCAUGGAUCCUAAUCAGACUGCACGGAUGCGCAGACUGGUCUGGAUCCAUGCUGGUCGCAAACCCAUUAUGUUGGUUUUGUCGUGACGCAGCUCAUAUAGAAUCUACAAGCAUUAUACCAUGGUAUAUAAUACAUGAUACACUAUAGUAUACCAUGAUGUUACUUGUUCAAUUACUAUUUGGAAGGUUGAAACACAUAAUAAAAUCAAUAUCAAAAGUAAGUUUUUUGAGAACUCGAUCACUGUAAUAUUAUCAGCACAUGCAUUGCAUAGCUGCCUGAAGUAAAUAUUAAUAAAUAUUGUGGGAAUUCAAGAAGCCAAAGCAAUUUGUUAAUGAUUUUACAUGACAACAAUGUGAGUCAACAUCUUAAAAGCAUUAGUAUAAAAUAUUAGUGAGUAAGAUAUAUAUGUGUCUCUUGAAAGUAAAAAAAAAGUCUUUUGCAAUAAAAUUUUGUUAUACAAAAAGUUAUUUAUCACAAUCUUCAGCAAUGAUUUUAUUUCACUUUUGCACUGCAUAUAUUCGAGCAAUCUCUGAAAAUCUUUUUAAAAUUAGAAACUAUUUACACCACUUUUCACAUUUAUAGAUACACAUUUUGAUCAUUCUUUAAAAAAAAAAACCCACAAAAUUUUGUUCUGUCCCAGAAAAUUCACUUAAAAAAGCAUUGUCAUUUUCACAUUUUGGCAUUAAAUAUUUACAUAUUUUGUACUCAUAAUACUCUAAUAGACUGUGAUAUAUGAUUAUAAUUAGCUCUUAGAGGAUAUUAUCAAGUUUGUAGACAAGUCUAUGAAAGAAGUGCUUCCAUUGGUCAAUUUUAAACCUUUGUUUAAAUAAACCAAUCAGAUGCAAGAGAUACUAGACUGGUUUACAAACUUGACAAUCAUCAUCCAGUGAGCUUUAUCAGAGAUUUGAAUACAUAUGUGUUUUUUGUCUGUAUGUUAUAUGGUAUCUUUGUGAAUGUUUAAAGGCAUGCAGGCAUGUUAAAAAGAAAUCAAUUGUACAAAUUUUCCUUUUGUUGUAACAAUAUAUAUAUAUAUAUGUUUAACUACUAUAUUGCUUUCUGCAAGUUCUUUGUGAAAAAUAUUAAUGUGAAAUUUUAUCUCAAUUAAAAAGAUCUUUAUUAUGUAUUAAUAGCAAUUAUCACAUAAACCGCGGCGCAGGAGUGUAAUAAAGCCAUUUAAUAAAAACGAUAUUACACUAGUGUCAUAACACUUUGACGUGACGUCAUUUGCGCUAUAGAGAAACAUAGCGUUAAAGCGCGCUAAUGUUAUGGUUACACUAUAAACGCGUCAUUGAAAAAUUACUCAUUUUAAUAGUUUACUGUUCUUAUUUUAUAUAUGUCAUAAAAAGAAUAUUAUAUUCGUGUAGAUUCAAUACUAAAUUUAUUGAACUCGUUGAAUAAAACAAUAUUAUGCUCGCCAGAGGCUCGCAUAAUAUGAUUUUAUUCAACUCGUUCAAUAAAUUUAGUAUUUAACUACACUCAUUCAAUAUCCUCUAUUUACCUUUAUACAGUGAAUAUGUCAACUAUAGAUUUUUGUAAACUGGUAACAUAUAAAGAUGUUUGGUGUUAAGGUUGUUUUGUAUUUUCAAAAUGUUACUUAUUUUCAAACAGUACCUUUCCUGAACAGACAUGAAACAGACCGUUUUAGUAAAUGAACAAUAUUUAAAUGUUAACGAAAAUACUAUUUUAGAAUAAGUCAAUUUUCACACACCAUGGUACAGUGGUAUUAAAUUUUUCCAGCAUAUUGUAACAUUGUAC